AUGGAGAAGACACAAGACAGAAGAAGAUUGCAAUAUUUUCCUAAUGAUGAUUCAUCUGCCAAUGCCAGUCUUUAUGAUGGAUUCAUUCUUUUGGGCCUUACAACAAUUCCAGCUUUACAGACCUUGAUUUUGGCAUUGUUUGCUGUUACUUACAUUAUGACUGUUGCUGGCAAUUUGAUGAUCAUUAUAAUAAUCAGUCUGGACAUUCAUCUUCACUCACCAAUGUACUUCUUUCUGGUCCAUCUAGCAUUCCUAGAACUACUUUAUACCACCACUCUCAUCCCAAAUACCUUAAGGAUAUUUUUGGAUAAAAAAAAGAACAUUUCAUUUGUGGGAUGUCUUACACAGAUGUUUACCUUCAUUACUUUGGGGGGUUCUGAGUGUGUCCUACUUGGCACUAUGGCAUACGACAGGUAUGUAGCUAUAUGCCAGCCUCUGCACUACCAUACAAUAAUGAACCCUAAAUGUUGUCUCCAUCUGGCACUAACGUGUUGGUGCUCUGGAUUCCUGAACUCCUUACUGCACACAAUACUCACAUCAAUGUUACCUUUCUGCAAUGAUCGUCAUGUUAAACAUUAUUUUUGUGAGAUUCCCAGUAUCUUAAAACUCUCUUGUAAGGAUACCUUUAUGAAUGAAUUGCUGAUCUUCUUAUUUGGUGGUAGUAUGACGGUGGGUUCGCUUAUCCUGAUUCUUGUCUCAUAUACUUGCAUUAUUGCCAAAGUAUUGAGAAUUCCAGGCAGAGCAGGGAAACAUAAAAUGUUUUCCACAUGCAUUUCUCACCUUAUAGUGGUCAGCAUUUUCUUUGGUACCGUGAUCCACAUAUAUAUACGGCCAACUUCACAGACCUCCUCUGACCAGAAUCGAGUGAUAUCCGUGGUCUAUGGUGUAGUAACUCCACUUUUUAACCCAAUAAUAUAUAGCUUUCGAAAUAGUGAAUUUCAAAGGUCAUUCCAGAAACUGCUAAUCUUUUUUAAAGCUUACUAA